AUGAAUGGCUUCCUCUCUAUCAUCUCCUGUCAGAUACUGUGCCAGCAGUGUGGAGGCCCAUGCCACUGCCCCUCGCCAGCUUCCCGCUGCGCGCCAGGUGUGGCCCUGCUGUGGGACAGGUGCCACUGCUGCCAGGUGUGUGCCAGGCAGGAGGGCCAACCGUGCUCUGAGCACCAUGUGUGCGACACCCUCAAGGGCUUGCAGUGUGACUACAGUGCCAGCUACCCUGAAGGACCUGGAGAAUGUAUCAGUCAGAACUUGCUGGGCUGCGAGCUGAAUGGUAGGCAUUACCACGAGGGCCAAAGCUUCCAGCCCUCCUGUGCUCAGCAGUGCAAGUGCUCAGGUGGAGGGAUCACCUGUGUGCCUCUGUGCCCUGACCACCUGCAGCUGCCCAGUGCCACCUGUCCGCACCCGCGGAUGGUGAGGCCGCCUGGCAGCUGUUGCCCACAGUGGGUGUGUGAUGCCCUGGACAACAGAAUUGCUCCCGACACACCCACAGGUCUGCUGGUGGACAGAGGCAGGAGGUCCUGGCUUGAGGGUCAGAGGCCUGGCCUUGGGUCCAACUGUGUGGAGCAGAUAUCGGAGUGGAGCCCCUGCUCCCACAGCUGUGGACCCGGCCUUUCCACCCGCACCUCCAACCGCAACCGGGCCUGCCGCCCGCUGACACAGACGCGGUUCUGCCAGAUUCGUCCCUGCUAUACAUCAUUAGCCUUCACACAGAUGGCACACGGCUCCUGUGAGAACGUCGUCCGUUCCCGACUGCCUGUCCGCCUGGAGCACCGGGGGUGCCGGAGCACUCGCUCCUUCUGGCCGCACUACUGUGGACAGUGUCUGGAUGGCCGAUGCUGUACCCCCGACCACACACGGACCGUCCACCUACGCCUCCACUGUCCUCGUGGCGGUGCCGUCCACCAGGCGGUCAUGCUGAUCGAGUCCUGCACCUGCCACAUCAGCUGCCCAGCAUCUCCCCUGGCAGCACCAUGGGGAACUCUGGCCUAUUAUAUCAAUAAUUAAUACUACUACUACAAAUGAUAAUAAUAAUAACACUAUUAAUAAUAAUCCUAAUAUUAAAAGAGGGUCUAGACAGACAAUAUGAAAGGGAUCAGAUGGACUUAAAAAUUAUGUUGUUUAUGAUGGGUAACUAUGGCCAGGGAAUAACAUGUGUUGUUUUAAGGAAUCUUGUGUCCCACUUUCAUUGUCUUGCAUUAUAAGCACCUGAAAGCCACAAGUAAAUGACACAGUGUAAUGUGACUGAUGGUGUAUGUUGUUUUUGGAACCACAUCUUUCUAUUCAUGAUGAUUUUUCUGUACCCUAAUUAGACAAGUUAAAAACUAAAAGGCAGACACAAAACCGUAUCAACAAAAUAUGUAAAAGUGUUGUUGGACGGAGGUAUACUACCGAGUGCUGUUUGUAAAACUAGAUUAAAGAACCCACUUCCUGCAUACAGUAUGCAGAAUG